AUGUACAGUAACUUUAAGGAGCAAGGUAUUGAGUAUGCGAAGCAGGCUGUACAGGAGGAUACAGCUGGCAACUAUGCCAAGGCCUUGCCUCUUUACAUGAACGCGCUCGAGUAUUUUAAGACCCACUUGAAGUACGAGAAGAACCCGAAGAUUAAAGACGCGAUUCAGGCCAAGUUCGUGGAAUACCUAGAUCGAGCCGAGCAGAUUAAGGAGGUACUGGAAGGAGCACCGCAGAACGGAGCGCCGGGAGACGCGGCGUCUGCCAUCAAGCCGAAGGGGAAGAAAGGCGGAGCUGGUGGUGGUGGGGAUGACGACGCCGACAACAUGAAGCUUCGAUCGGGGUUGAAUUCGGCCAUUGUGCGAGAGAAGCCGAACAUCAAGUGGUCCGACGUGGCAGGAUUGGAAGGCGCAAAGCAGGCGCUACAGGAAGCGGUCAUCCUGCCA